AGAGAAGGAGGAGGAGGAGGCGGGUCCGGUCCGGUCCAAACGCCCAGGACACGCGGUGAGGGGCGGGUUCAAGGCUCCGGGGGUCUGUGUGCUCCUCACGCGCCACUCUCCACUGUCCACUGUCCACGAGACACACAAGGAGACACACAAGGAGACACACGAGGAGACACACGAGGAGACACACAAGGAGACACACAAGGAGACACACGAGGAGACACACAAGGAGACACACAAGGAGACACACAAGGAGACACACGAGGAGACACACAAGGAGACACACGAGGAGACACACGAGGAGACACACACAAGGAGACACACAAGGAGACACACAAGGAGACACACACGAGGAGACACACGAGGAGACACACGAGGAGACACACGAGGAGACACAGAGACAGUUGUCCACAGAGACGCGGAGGAGAUUCCACGGGAGCGCCUCUCCACAGACCUGCCUCUACUGCUCACAACCAUGGCCUCUGUCCUGGCGUCCCCGUCUGUCCCGUCCCCGUCUGUCCUGGUGUCCCCGUCUGUCCUGCUGUGGUCUCUGCUGGUGGUGUUGGCCCCCGCGUGCUCGUCGUCGUCGUCGUUGGUCCUGCGUUUGUCCGGCGAGAGGAGGAAGCCUCACGAGGGUCGGGUGGAGGUGUUUCUCCAGGGCGAGUGGGGGACGGUUUGUGAUGACGACUUCUCCCUCAGCGCCGCCCACGUCGUGUGUCGAGGUCUGGGCUUCGUCAACGCCGAGUCCUGGGCCCCCAGAGCCAAGUACGGACAAGGACAAGGUCGUAUCUGGUUGGACAACGUUCACUGUUCGGGCUCGGAGGCGUCUCUUCUGGACUGUCAGUCAAACGGAGUGGGCGUGUCCGACUGUAAACACUCGGAGGAUGUGGGCGUGGCCUGUGCCCAGAGACGAAUCGCAGGGUUCAGCUUCAUCAAGAACAACGCACAACAACAGGGCGUGCCGGUGCAGGUGGAGGACGUCAGGAUCAGAGCCACAUACUCUCACAGGAAGCGUGUUCCCAUCACGGAGGGUUUCCUGGAAGUGAAGGACGCUGGGAAAUGGAGGCAGAUCUGUGACGUCGACUGGACCUCGAGGAACAGUCGAGUCGUCUGCGGCAUGUUCGGCUUCCCCGUCGAGAAGAAGUACAACCCCAAACCCUACAAGUUGUUGGCGUCCCGGCGUAAGAAGAACUUCUGGUCUCACGGUGUGGAGUGUUCGGGGAACGAGGCCAGUUUGUCCGAGUGCCGACUGGGGCGGGAGGUUCCUCUGCGGGGGAACCUCACGUGUUCUCAGGGGGGUCCCGUCGUCGUGAGCUGUGCCCCCGGACGAGCCUUCGCCCCCAGCGUGAGCGCCGGCUUCAGCAAGGCCUACAGGGUGGAGCAGCCGCUGGUGCGUCUGAGGGGCGGGGCCAGAGUGGGCGAGGGGCGGGUGGAGGUGUUGAAGGGCGGAGUCUGGGGAACCGUGUGUGACGACGGUUGGGACCUGAACGCCGCCACCGUCGUCUGUCGAGAACUCGGCUUCGGCAGCGCCAAGGAGGCCCUGACAGGAGCGCGCCUGGGACAGGGGAUGGGUCCGGUCCACAUGAGCGAGGUCCAGUGUUCGGGUUUUGAAAAGUCUCUGACUGAAUGUCGCUUCAAUCGAGAGUCUGGAGGCUGCAGCCACGAAGACGACGCCGCCGCCAGGUGUAAUGUCCCACAGAUGAACUUUCACACACGGCUGCGCCUGUCGGGGGGGCGUAACCCUCUGGAGGGGCGGGUGGAGGUUCUGGCUCAGAGGAACGGUUCUCUGGUCUGGGGUUCCGUGUGUUCCGAGGGCUGGGGGACUCUGGAGGCCGUGGUCGUCUGCAGGCAGCUCGGCCUGGGCUUCGCCUCGCACGCCUUCCAGGAGACGUGGUACUGGCAGAGCGAAGGCGGCGCCGACGCCGUGGUGAUGAGCGGCGUGAAGUGUUCGGGGGCGGAGUUAACUCUAGAACAAUGUUUACAUCACGGAAACCAUGUGACCUGCCCCCGAGGAGGAGGACGCUUCGCCGCCGGAGUGUCCUGUACACACACUGCUCCUGACCUGGUGUUAAACGCUCCGGUGGUGGAGCAGACGACGUACCUGGAGGACCGCCCCCUUUACGCUCUCACCUGUGCACUGGAGGAGAACUGUCUGUCGAGCUCCGCCUCCUCCGCUGACUCCGCCUCCUACCGCCGCCUCAUGAGGUUCUCCUCCCAGAUCCACAACAACGGACAGAGCGACUUCAGACCGCGAGCCGGACCCCAGGCCUGGGUCUGGCACGAGUGCCACAGACAUUAUCACAGUAUGGAGGUUUUCACUCACUACGACCUGUUGAGUCUGAACGGAACCAAAGUGGCUGAAGGACACAAGGCCAGUUUCUGUUUAGAAGAUACGGCCUGCGACGAAGGGAUCCAGAAGCGUUACGAGUGUGCAAACUUCGGCCAGCAGGGGGUGACUGUGGGCUGCUGGGACACGUAUCGACACGACAUCGACUGUCAGUGGAUCGACAUCACCGAUCUGCUGCCCGGGGACUACAUCUUCCAGGUGGUGAUAAACCCGAACUUUGAAGUGGCCGAGUCCGAUUACACAAACAACGUGAUGAAAUGUAACGCACGAUACGACGGACACAGAAUGUGGACGUACAACUGUCACACAGGUGGAUCUCUGAGCUCGGACUUUGUGGACAUGUUCCCUGGACUCUUGACCAAUCAGAUCUCUCACAGGUAGAGCCGGCCACGCCCACAGGCCACAACCACUAGGGGGGGCUGUGCUGCUGCCUGCAGGGGGCGCUGUACAGGCCGGAGAGACACUUCAUGUACGGACUUUUCUCAGACGGAGUCGAGAUAUUUGGACAUUUUCUGAUGUUUUACAAGAAAUCGACAAAAAACAAAUCUAAAAAUGUUU